AUAAUUUUACUUCCGCUUGUUGUGAUCGCGGGCUCCGUAUUAUCGCAUUCCUUCAUUCUGGGCAGCUGUGGAAGGCUUUUCAUUUUGAUCGUGAAAAACGUUAGAAAUUAUGGCUUCAGCCGUGACGGACUACUGUAGAUCACUGGGAGCCGAUGGAAGACAACUCCGUUUGGCGGGUCAUGUAGGGUUUGACAGUUUGCCGGACCAACUUGUAAAUAAAUCGGUGAAUCGAGGAUUCGCUUUCAACAUUCUAUGUAUCGGUGAGACCGGGAUUGGUAAAUCGACCUUGAUGGACACUCUUUUUCAGACUACAUUUGAAGGUCAACCUCACUCACACCACCUCCCUGGGGUGCAGAUUGAGCAUCACACAUAUGACUUGAAUGAGAGCAACGUAAUGCUGAAACUGACAAUUGUGGACACUGUUGGCUAUGGCGACCAGAUUAACAAGGAGGAUAGUUCUAGUUCUAUUGUAAAUUAUAUCGACCAGCAAUUUGACACAUAUCUUCACCAAGAGUUGAAGAUUAAGAGGACGAUGGACACCUUUCAUGAUACUCGUAUCCAUGCUUGCCUCUACUUUAUCUCCCCAACUGGGCACUCCCUGAAAUCACUUGAUCUAGUGUGCAUGAAGCAACUUGAUAAAAAGGUCAAUAUAAUUCCAAUCAUUGCCAAGGCCGACACUAUUGCAAAAAGCGAACUGAAACAAUUCAAACAGAAGAUCAUGGAUGAGUUAGAGAGCAAUGGAGUAGAAAUCUACAGGUUUCCAGUUGAUGAUGAGACUGUUGCAGAAAUGAACUCCACAAUGAAUAAUGAAAUCCCAUUUGCUGUAGUUGGUAGCCGAGAAGAGGUCAUGGUGAACAAGACCAAGUCACGAGCACGUGUUUACCCAUGGGGGACAGUGGAAGUUGAGAAUGAGAAUCACUGUGACUUCGUCAAGCUUAGGGAAAUGCUUAUCAGGACAAACAUGCAGAGUCUAAUUGACAAAACCCACACUGUGCACUAUGAGCUCUUCCGUCGCAACAAGCUUGAAGAGAUGGGCUUCAAUGAUGGAGAUGCCAACAAUAAGUCACACAGUCUCCAGGAGACAUAUGAAGAGAGACGCAAGGAAUACAUGUCACAGUUUCAGGAUAAGGAGGAGAAGAUGAGACAGCGCUUCGUGCAGAAAGUCAAAGACAAGGAGAAUGAACUCAAAAAAGCUGAACAGGAGCUCCAUGCAAAAUUCGAUCACCUAAAGAAAGUGCAAGCUGAGGAGAAGAAAAAACUGGAAGAGAAACGCAAGAUGCUUGAGGAAGAAAUGAGUCUCUUUGAAAAGCAAAAGGCUGCAGCAAACACUGCACAGGCUCAGGCCCAGCAGGCUACUGCUCACAUGGCCAAGGAACACAUGAAAAAGAAGAAAUAGGACUGUCUUUCAGCAGAGAGUAAAGUGCAAGGAGUACCCUAGUACGUACUCAGGAACUUUCUAAAUAGGUCUCAUGGACAAAUAUUGACCUGCAUAAAAAAUAUAACUACAAUUGAUAAAUGGCCAAGAUGCAAAGAGCUCUAGGCUGCCACACCUUUGUUUUUUUUCAUUCGAUAUUUGAAGACAAAUUCAUACCUGUCAACUCUCUCGCAUUAGGCAGGAGUCUCAAGAUUUUGGACCCCUGUUCCCGCUCUCCCGCGUUGAGCACCAAAUCUCCCGCUUUUUAGCGAUUUUUAUCGUCAUUUUGCCUAUUUUCUAUUAAAAUAUUUGAAACAACAAUUCCCUUGCAUAGCGCAAUUUAUCUAAGACCCUCGUGAGAUUUAUAAGUGGAUUGGUUUGCGAGAGCUUUCUAUACGGCAAAUGCCUGCAAGGUUGAACCCACCCCUCCCCCCAAAAAAUGAAUAUCCCCACCCCUACCCCCAAAAUAUUCUCAAGCCUUGAGAUUUUCGGAGGUUGACAGGUAUGCAAAUUGUGUAAAGAAAUCUUAAAAAACUAAAACUAUAGUUUAAAACUUCAUUUUCCAACCACAAUCAAAAAUAUCACAAUAACAAAGAAAUGUUUCUUGAAUGGUUGUGAAACAUUUUUGGGUUGUGCCCUAUAAAAUUCAUGCACUUCAUGUUUUUUUCAAGUGCUUUCAUGUUUUGGUAGUGGCUAAACUACAAAACAUUAAGGAGACAUGUCAUGCUUGACCUGUCUCCUAGUUUAGCCAGGCCGUAGAGUUCUCAAGAUUAUAAGAAUUGUUCUAACUCAGUAGGACCCUGAGAGAGGAGAUAGAGAUGUGCCAUAGCAAAGUGUUGCAGUAACAUAAGGUUAAAUACCCUGGUCCCUGAACAUCUCUCAGUUAAUGAUGCUGAUGGGCUGGCCACCUUGUCAAGGUAGCUAUAGUCAGGCUGUAGAACCAGGAUAGAUGUUUAUUAUCCAUUCACUGGAAACUGUUUCCCAAAUAAGCUAAUCCCUCAUUAGAAGAGAAUUUUUUUCUUACACCACAAAGUUGUAACCUUGCACAACCAUACUGAUGAUAUUAUCCAAUAUUCAAAUAAUCAGAUUUAAGCAUAUUUAUAGAUUUUUAUCUAGUAUCCAAAUACCUGCUUGCACCAUUUCCGUAGCUCAAUAAAUUUGGCAAUGGA